CGAGUCCGGUUACAUUGCAGCACACAGGAAUUCAUAUAAUACAAACACGAAAGACGCAAGAUGUGGAGGGGGGAGUCAGAGAUGGACGCGGGUGGAUCAGAGACGAAAUUAGAACCUUCGGAGGUUCUAAAUCCGAAGGUUUACAAAUGUUCGUCAAAAAAUGUUCGUCAUUUUCAAAGAGUCCUCGAAUAUCACUUCUUCGCAGGCUUCUGCGCCCGUAACAUUUUUAUUAUGAUAAAUGUUACCAUUAAAGUUUGUCAUUUUUUAACUUCUCUAGGCCGAGGGAACGACAACAUUGCGUUGUCAUUAGAGGAAACGUUGGAGGAAAAGUUAUUCCGAUGCCAAUAGAUUCUUGGAUUACAAACUCAUCGACCACGUUGUGCAGUUUAAGGCUAACUUUUAGUAUCCUUCGAGCAUUACAAUUUGCUUGUUCUCCUACAAAGUAGACAAAUCAUUUGCAAUGGUGAAUCUCGGGAGGCGGAGUAGGUACUUAUGAUGCCGGCUGUAUCUGCUGAGUUUUGCCUGAUUACCCACCCAACAGAUAUGGAAAUAAAGUGUGUCAACGUUCUCCUUUUCCAGACACUUUAUGGAGAGUUUAAGGGCCCCAAUGCCCGCUCGCGUAGGCUUCAAGAAUGGGGUCGCAUACGCGAGCGAGCCAUUCAACUUGGCCUGAUAAAUGACGCAACAUCGACGCAAAGCAUGCUGCAGGGUGUUAUAAAAAACACCCAAGACCGGACAAAAAAAAAAUUCCAGCAAAAGAACCAGUCGGGGGCAGGUGCAGUGGUCUGGACCCAGCUCGACGAUACCGUCAUGGAUUGCGUGGGCAGAGACAACUACCUGACGUCGUUUAAGGUUCCUGGCGGGAUUACCUGGGGCCAGAUGAUGACGAAUCAGCAAGAAGCCGGCCCAGAAACCGCACUGACAACCGCGGGAGAAACGUCAUCAGCACCCAGUAUCUACUUCACUACAGAAGACGGUCGGUUGAUAGGGCUGGGCACGCCGCUCGCCCAGUCUCCGGCGACCAAUGCGACCACGAUAACCACCACGGUCCUCUCGACCGUCCCCUCGACCAGGGCAGGCUCGUCAAACGCAACAACCCCUUCGACUGGUCCGCCCCAGGAAAGCGCCAUGGCUCUCUCGUCCGGCAAGGCCUCGUCAGCUGACGCAGCCCCUUCGACUGUUCCGUCCCACUCCCAGGGGAGCGCCACGGCUCUCUCGACCGGCAAGGCCUCGUCAGCUGACCCAGCCCUCCCGACUGGAGCGUCCCAGGAGAGCGUCACGGCUCUCUCGACCGGCGAGGCCUCGUCAGCUGACGCAGCCCUCUCGACUAGAGCGUCCCAGGAGAGCGUCACGGCUCUCUCGACCGGCGAGGCCUCGUCAGCUGACGCAGCCCUCUCGAUUGGUGCGUCCCAGGAGAGCGCCACGGCUCUCUCGACCGGCGAGGCCUCGUCAGCUGACGUGGCCCUCUCGACUAGAGCGUCCCAGGCAUCGGAGAGAAACCGCGAUGAGAUUGAAGCGCGCCUCCAGCUCAUCCGCUCAACGCCACUCUUCAGACGGACGCCGGAGGAGGUGACCCUGCUCCGCACCUACCUCAGCUUACAGAUCCUGGAGGACAUGCUGCAGGGAGGAACUCCCACACCAACCCUGACAUAUGUGCUAUGAGCAGGGCUGCGGAACCGCAGCUAGAGCUGGAUCCGGAGCCGCCGGAGCCGGCAUCUUUUGCCCGGAGAUGGAGGCGGAGCCGGAGCUGUCGAAGUUGGUGGCGACUCUGGCUAAAUUUGUUUGUUUUGUUUUUAAGGAAAAAGUUAACUUAAUUAGUUCGGUUUGACAGUCACGUGAAUGAAAUACGCCUCAAAUAUAUUAUUCCUUUCUUGUGAAGGAAAUAAACCGUUUUAAGAA